UGUACGAAAGGUUUCCACAGACCAGUGGUCUACUCUACUGUAUGCAAAGAGACGAAUAUAUAUCUAGCUAGCUUCCUUUGGGUAGCUUUAAUACUAGACACCAUUAUCACAUAUUCCGGCUGUUCCAUGAAGUGUCCUUUCAAAUCUUUGGUCAUCGUCACGCCGCCGCCGAUCGGCUACGUACGUAUACGAAAGCCUCCCUCCCCGGCUUCCUCAGCCCUCUAUAUAGCUAGAGCUUAACCUUCAAGCUGAUUAACAAGGUGAGGUAAAGAAGUCUCUAAUACGUACACAGUGUAAUGGAGAAGCAGUACGACAAGGGAAAGCUGAUAGAUGGGGCUCCGUCGAUCGGCUCCAGCAGCUGGGUGGUGGAGAUGGAGGCGACGAUCCGCGACAUCGACCCGGAGGUGGAGAUGGCGCGGUGGAAGCGGCACUCCAUCUACCAGGUGCCGGAGCGGAUCAAGAACCUGCACAACAGCAAGGCGUAUCGGCCGGAGCUGGUGUCGCUGGGGCCCUUCCACCACGGCGAGCCCGACCUGCUCCCCAUGGAGGAGCACAAGCGCCGGGCCGUGGUGCACCUGGUCAAGCGCUCCGGGAGGCCGCUGCGGGACUUCGUGGCCGCCGUGGCGGAGGCCACGCAGCAGCUGCAGGAGGCGUACAAGGACCUCGCCGGCCGGUGGCGCGGGGCAGAGAACCGGCAGCGGUUCGUGGAGCUCAUGGUCACCGACGGCUGCUUUCUGGUGGAGGCCAUGAGGAUGGACGCGCUGGGCGGUAAGGUGGACGAUGACUAUGCGCCCAACGACCCCGUCUUUAGCCAGUAUGGCUAUCUUUACAUGUGGCGGUAUAUCCAGUCCGACAUGGUCAUCAUGGAGAACCAGCUGCCUCUGCUUCUUCUCCACAGGCUACUAGUCGUUUUGGAUCAUGACAAAUAUCAGGACGCUCGAGAGAUCAGUAAGUUGGUGCUUGAUUCCCUGUGUCCAUGGCGUCGACACAUGGUUGAAACUAAUAACCCCUUGGGGCUCCACCCCCUUGACAUCUUACACCAAAGCCUCACCCAUGACGAUCACCAAGACCGCAAAGGUUCGAAGGCGUAUGUCAUGCCCUCCGCAAUUGAGAUCUACGAAGCAGGAAUUAAUUUCAAGGUGAGCGAGACUGACAGUCUCCUUGACGUGCACUUUGAACAAGGCGUGCUAAGCAUGCCGGCGGUUAGGGUCGACGAAUGCACCGAGAAGAGGUUUCUCAAUCUGAUGGCAUUCGAACGUCUCCACCCCGCUGCUGGCAAUGCCGUGACGGCCUACGUGAUCUUCAUGGACAACAUGAUUAGCUCAGCCAAGGAUGUAGCCCUGCUCAGAUGUAAGAAUAUUAUCGAGAGUGGGUUGGGCAGCGAUGAAGAGGUAGCUAAACUCCUCAACAACACGCUAAACAAGGGAGGAGUGAUGAGCCCAUCUAGCAGGCUCCAUGAUGUGCAGCGGCAGGUGAAUGCCCACUGCAUGAAGAGCUGGAAUAGGUGGCGGGCUAACUUCAUACAAACCUACUUGAGAAAUCCUUGGGUGUUCAUUUCCCUCAUCGCCACUGUUAUUCUAUUAGUUGCCACACUCUUGCAGACCGUAUAUACGGUUGCACCUUUCUAUAAGUACAUGUCAACCUAGUAGCAAUUUGGUACUCCGUCGGUUCCAAAACAGUCAUCAUAUUAGGUUUUGUUAGGAAAAACAUUUGACCGGCAAUUACUCUAUUAAUAUGUACUUCAUGUGACAUAAAAUUGAUGUCAUUAGAUUUGUUUAAAAAGUGCCUUUUGUUGUUUAUGAUUUUGUAUCACAAAAGUUGUUUAAUUGUUGGUGAAAUUCUUUCCUAACAAAACUUAACACAACUGGUAUUU